AUGCCCCAAAAGGAAAAGAAAAGGAACAAACAGACAUAUCAGAGGGACGAUGUGACAAACAGCAGUUCAGAGGAUGAAGGCGAAUGGAGAGCCAUCAUCAGAGCAUCACCAGCACUCCCCGCCUCAGCCAGGAGCCGGCUGAGUGCGGGUGCACUCAACCAGCCCCUAGACAUCAAGAGCACCGAGACACGGAAGAGCAUCCUGGACAGGAUGAUGAUUUACAAGAGGAAGAGCAGGAGGCAGAUGGCAGCGGAAUGGUGGAAGAGACGGGAGCAGCUGCAGUAUCAUCGGAUGAAGCAGACGACCACAUGCCAGCAUCUGAUGGAGAGGACAUUCACGUGUGAGGGAACAUGUGAGGGAAUCACGCCUGACAUCAUCAUCAACCCCCAUGCCAUCCCCUCUCGAAUGACAGUCGGUCACUUAAUCGAGUGUCUGCAGGGCAAGGUUUCUGUAAACAAGGGCGAGAUCGGCGACGCCACGCCGUUCAACGACGCGGUCAACGUGCAGAAGGUCUCCAACCUGCUGUCCGAGUACGGCUACCACCUGAGGGGUAACGAGGUUCUCUACAAUGGCUUCACCGUCCGCAAGCUCACCUCCCAGAUCUUCAUCGGGCCCACAUACUACCAGCCCCUCAAGCACAUGGUGGACGACAAGAUCCACUCCCGGGCCCGAGGGCCGGUCCAGAUCCUCAACAGACAGCCCAUGGAGGGCAGAUCGCGUGAUGGCGGUCUGCGUUUCGGUGAGAUGGAGCGUGAUUGUCAGAUCGCCCACAGCGCCGCCCAGUUCCUGAGGGAGCGUCUGUUCGAGGCGUCCGACCCCUACCAGGUGCACGUGUGCAACCUGUGCGGCCUCAUGGCCAUCGCCAACACAUGCAACCACACCUACGAGUGUCGCGGCUGCCGCAACAAAAACCCAGGUACGCCAACGGGCCACGGCCACUUCCCUUGUUGCACACGUCUCCCUCUGAGCCACUGCUCUGUUUUCCUGUCUGCAUUAAGUAAGUUAAACGAAUGUUUUCUGUGCCUGUUUCUAUCCCUAAUUUGAACACUACUCUAGUACGUCACUACCACAAAAAGUCACAUCACUAUCUGCUUUUUAAAUCCAAUCAGAAAUGUAUUGAAUAUUUCGAGCAAAUUUUCUGAUUUCAGCCAAUCUGAAGCCAUUGCAACGACGUGUGUGUUUCUUCCAUGGGGAACUAAGAAUAAGGAACCUGUGCCCCAAGGCAAAAGUCGCAAGAGGAUGAAAGGGGCCCAAUGCUUAUGACCUUAGCUGAGGGUGUUUGAGGGGUCUUUUUACCUGAAGGGCCUUUGGGUCAGAAACGGCCGGGUGAAGCUAACCUGACAGCCAUGUGAUCCAUCACAUGCCAUUUUAAAAAUAAAUACAAAUCUAUGCCCUGGCCUCUAAUCCUAACACCCAACCCGAUCAAUUGUGUUGCAUGAUGGCAGUAAACACAGGAGCAGUCUAGAUUUGGUUUGAACGAUUUAAACCUGACCUGAUGUUACCCAGGACAUCAUACCUGUCUAUCUUCAUCUCAAUGCUGGCCAAUCGCCCGAUCCCUCUAAACUGUACAGUUCAAUUCAUUAUAUCCUGAGCAUAACUGCUCUUUGAUUGGAUGCCCAUUUUCAGCACAUUUCCUGUUUGCUGUUGGUAGUGGAAUGACUGCAGUGUACAGUACUUUGAAAAAAAGGGUAAAGCAUAUUUAAAAUGAUAGCAUAUAAUUUUCAGCCUUUCAUAGUACAACAAUUCAAGACAUUCAUUUUAGUUGUUUUACUAUUAGUGACACUGAAACACAGAACAUGGCUUAUCUCAACACAUUUGUUGUCCUUACCCAAAAUGUUCAAUUUCAACAUACAGCUUACACACACAUUUCUAUAUAUAAAACUAAAUGUCUACUUCUACUGCCCAAAAAAAAACCAUGAUUUAUACUUAAGCUUUUCUAAUAUUCCAUGGUGUACACAGCUACGAUAAAGAUAGCACAUUCCGCAUUCCGUUUCAAUUCCUGUUGAAAGAACGACUUUGCCUCAGUGACUUCGCGUACACACUGUCCCAAACACAACGGCCUGUUUUGUUAAGAGAGCAAAUCCCGUCUGUGUGGGAGUUAUCGGUGGUGUUUGGCUAGUGGGUCUAAGCCUGUGGAAUGAGGGCCUGUGUUUUGCCUGCCUGUAACGUCAUGUCACUUUCCAGCACAGUUGAAGUUCAUAAUAUAGAAAUGGUUUUAAUGUGGUGUGUCUGUGUGUGUGUGUGUGUGUGUGUGUUGGGGGAGGGGGGGUGACUGGGAGCGUCUUUCCACAUAUCUUGCCCGAAGGCUUUGCCUAGUUACAACAUAACACCAAUGAGCAUUGCCUGUAUGAUGAUAUGGCUUUGUUCUACAUUUCUAAACACAAGAACUUCCGUGAGAUGAAGAGAACAGUGGUCAUAAAGCAUAGGUUUCAAUAGACGAUGAGAGCCAACUUUGAUUUCACAAGGGGAGGAUUUUCGUGUUUCAGUUCUGGAGAGCUUGCUUCACUAGCGGAUUUAUAAGCAUCAGGUUUGUCUGUUUAUUCAAAGAAUUAAUGAUUGGUUUAAUUCGCUGUUCUCCACUUACAGCUCUUCGUCCUUGUUCACUGAAAGAAAGAGAAAUUCAGUUAUUAGUUUACACAAUAUGAAAGAUUUUCUUCUUUUGCUAAUAACUUUCUCAUCUUUAUCUUCGUCUGUUCAUGCCCUUCUACACCAGCAAGACAAAAUAAGUUGCCAAAUGAUCCAUCAAACAAACCCCAUGUUAUUAUUUUAGUGUCAUAAUUUGACGUGAACUCAUUAAACCUUUGCAUUCCCCAUUACCACUUGGAGAGCGAUGUGCUGCCUGUGGGGACGCUUCUGCACUAUCAAUGAUGUGAUGUCGAGCUGGAUGGAAAGAAUGGGCUUUUAGUCCCCCUUGAGCAAAGCUUUUCUAGCGCAGGGAUCUGUUAAAGCCUGUGUAGGAAAACACCCAGAAACGCAUGUCUGAUCAUGGCCCCGGGCCCCAUGCAAAGGCCUGUAUUAGGAGGCGAUGAGAGCCAUGACUUUUCAAAAUGUAUACUCAUCCAAAAGGUUUGGAUUUUUUUUUACAUUUUUAUUUUGCACAUUACUGAUUUAGUUUAAAAGUUGAAAGUACUUUUUAAUUUUGAAUGCCCGGCCAACCCCAGCUUGUGUACUGGGCCAACCCCACCUUGUGUACUGGGCCAACUGUGCGCUAGGCUAGCGAUAACCCCGAGGUACCUUUCUUGAUGGGGAUGUCGUCCAGGGAGUCCACGACGUGGAUGGUGGCCACAGCCGAAGCCUCGCCCUUGGUGUUGGCAGCGUGACACUCAUAAGACCCAGCCUCGUCCACACUGAGUGGAGAGAUCUUUACAAAACAAGGAGGAGGCAAAAGAAAACAAGACAAAGAAAAAGAAAAAUCACUCCCGUUAUCCUCUCAACUGCCACGUGGGAAACGUUAUUGGUUCGAAUGUCAGCCCGGCUGCGGUAAACAAGCCCAGCACAAGACACAAACACUCUCUUCUGUGGCCCCGCGUUCACUUCAACCAGUGUCAGGGAGUCUGGCCUUACACCUGGCAGGACGUUUAGAUAACCACUGCAAAGGAUAAACAUCUAUGGAGAAUUCCCACAACAUGCUCUA